AUGCAUGGACCCUUCGACACAGACGGUAACAGCGUUGGUGCCGGCGCACGCUGUCGAGUACGCUGCCGCUCGUAUUCUUCGCCACAUUCUGGCGCGUGGAGCCGUACCUCUUUAACCCCCGAAAACCCCGCCAACGUCUCGGUAGAGAGCCGGGCGUGUCUUGUGGAUGAGUCUUCGGCUUCCUGGCUGUCGCGCCUCGGUUUCCUCUUCGUGGAGCCACUUGUAGCACUUGGAGGAAGGCAUCGCCUACGCCUUCAAGAUCUUUGGAAACUCGACUCAGAGAACACUGCGGAACAGGCCGAGAGGCGCUUUCGUGCCGUCUACAGCGCGUCCGGUCAACUCAUGACCGCUAUUUUGCGCACUGAAUGGCGCGCAAUCGUGUGUAGCGGCGGAUUGGGGCUGUGCUCUGCCACUAGCGCCUGUUGUGUUUCCGUGAUGCUCUUCAAGCUGCUGACUGCCGCCAUGGACCCCGAAAGCGAGCACAAAUCCGUGCUGGAGCUGCUCUUACUGCUGGUGGGUAUUCACGUAUCCGUUAUGCUGGCUGUGCUCUUCGACCGCCACGCGCGCUUUAGGAUGUUUAAGGCGCAGCUGCGUGUUGUGGCCUCCAUCCGUGCUCUAGUGUUCGCUAAAUCUGUACAACGGCCGGUCAAAGGCCGUCACGGCACCAGCACCAGCAUCGCUGCCAUCGCCACACUCUACUCGUCCAACCUCGUACAAGUGAGCUGGCUGCUCAUCCGGUUCCACGACAUGUGGACGUCCACACUGCAGCUCUCAGUGCUGCUCUUCAUCUUACACCGUACGUUGCAGACAAGUGCGAUUGUAAUUCUGUCGUCUCUGGCUGUUAUCAUUAUCGGCCUGUCGGUACUGACAGCGCUCUCGGCCCGAAUGCUGCAAUGGUACACCAAGAAACGAGCCAAGACGCUGGCUGCAGUGAAUGAGUGUUUUAAAGGCAUCCAGUCCAUUAAACUGUACGCGUGGGAAGACAAGAUCUUGUCAAAGAUAAUGUCAGCCAGGAGGAAAGAGGAAAAGAGGAAGUUGUGGGAGGCGGCCUUUCGAAUUCUUCGCUGUUGCUGUGUGUUGGAGGCACCAGCGUUCGCAUCAGUGGCGAUUUUCACGUCUCUAGCUGCUCGUGCAGGCUUCUUCUCACCUGCCACAGUGUUCACAGCUCUGAUUUUGAUCGACCAUGUCCAAGUGGAAUUGCACGGUCUGAUUAUGGGGAUUCGAGUGCUCAUCGAUGGGCAGGUUGGACUGCGAAAGAUUGACCAUUAUCUCCGAUACUGCGAAAAAUUCGCCAACGACACGACAUUGUCAGUGGGAUACCAUGCUCCCACUACGGUUCUGGCUAAUGUCAACCUGCGCGUGAAUGCAGGGGAACUUGUAGUGAUUCACGGAAAGGCUGGAGCUGGGAAGACAAGUCUGCUGACUGACUUUCUAGGUGAUGUUGCGUGUGUGACGGGAAAUGUGUAUCUGUCACCACACUACAAGGUCGCAUAUUGUUCGGAGCAGCCAUGGUUACAGACACUUAGCAUCCGAGACAAAGUGCUUUUUGGUUAUCCUUUCGAUGAAGCCAAAUACUAUCGCGUGUUGGAUGCGUGUUGCUUGUUGGAGGAUCUCGAGAGUCUCCCGGAUGGAGACGACACAAUGAUCGGACCGAAAGGCAUCAACCUUUCUGGCGGGCAGAACUCGCGCAUCGCUCUUGCCCGAACUCUGUAUUCUGACGCAGACAUUUAUCUGUUAGAUCGACCCCUGGCCAGUGCGGACGCUAUUGUCCAAAGCGACGUGUUCCGAAAGUGUUUUCUAGAGUUAUUACGCUACAAGACAAUUAUCGUUGCCACUCACAACCCGGAAGUCGUAGAGUCCGGUUUCGUUGAUCGCUUGUGGUACGUCAACGAAACUGCUGUAUCCGAGACGUGUCGUGGUGGACACACAGGAAAAACAAGUCGUCGUGCACGACGGCUUGCGGAUAUUCCACCUUGGCGCACUGGUCGCAACAAGGAGAAAAUGGACGAAGAGUAUUCCUCGUUUGCAAUGGAUGACCAGCAGAUUCAAGAGGUUCGAACACGGUUAUCUCGCCGUCGAACGGCGUUGAAAGUAUCCUCCAUUCCUAAGUGUGACCUGACCCGACGAACGGUGGAUAGAGUUGCAAAGGAGAUUUGGUGGCCGACUCGAGGACGGAAUUCUUCUCUUAUUGCUUGCGCUCUGUUUGUCGCAUACGGUCUCGUUGAUGUGGCAAAAAACUUUGCCGGAGCGUUUGUACUUCUACUUGUUAGCUGUGCUGUGAUCUUCUACAUGCUCUCAAGACGUGCCAAGAGUAUCUUCAGCGACAUGACCCAGUCACUCCUGCGUGCCCCCGUGUCGGUGCUGUAUCAAACUCCAAUCGGUGAAAUUUUGGCGCGUUACUCGACGGAUAUGCAGAUAAUUGAUGGAUUGAUGUCGUUUCCGUUGGUUUUUAUGUUUCGAAGUACUGCGUCCAUUGCAGCUGCUUUAGGGACAAUGUGUUAUCUACUGGGUACUACAGGCGCAAUAUUUACGGCCCUGACGGCCUACUUGUGCCUAGGAAUGGUGGACAAGUGCCUCUUUGCUCAGGUGUACUCAUUGAGAGCAGAACUUGAAGCGGCAGACCUGAAUUUUGUGUCAGAAACGCUGGAUGGAGCUGCCAUUAUCCGUUCGUUUGGAGCUGACCAAGUCGAGCGUGUUUGCUUACAUCACGGUAAAAUGGUUGACGAUAGAUCAAGAAUCGCCACCGUUGUGGAAGUGUUUACACAUUGGCUGUACAUUCGCUGUAGCCUCCUCGUCGCGGUCUUUUUGUUCUGCUUAGCGCUUCUUCUGGCGCAUGGAGGGCUGCAAGCGAGCACACUGGGUCUAAUGCUUCACUGUAUUUACAGUGUACAGCGUGACUUUGUCUCGUUCUCGGUGGGGAUUCUGAACAGCUCGGUGAACAUGUUCAGCAUUGCCAACCUGAAGAAGUUCCAGCACAUUCCGCCUGAAGAGCAUGUCGAGCAGAACGGGGUCCAACGACGCUUAAGUGCUCCUCGUCAAUGGCCGACGACUGGUGCUGUCGUUUUCGAUCACGUAUUUUUUCGGUACGAGAAGACACAAGAAGGUAGUGAUUUGUCAACUUGUGCACUGAAAGACGUGACGUUCUCCGUUGCUGGUGGUGAAAAGAUUGGCGUUGUGGGGAUAACGGGAUCUGGAAAGAGUUCACUGGCGAUGGCAAUGCUUCAAAUGCACAGCCUGCCUUAUGGUCGGAUUCUUAUCGAUGGAGUAGACAUUAGCCGCCUACAGUUGCGCGAUCUUCGUAGCCGGAUCUGUAUCAUUCCACAAACCCCGCUGUUCUAUCGGUGCAGUAUUCGCCGAUAUUUGGACCCGUUCAAGGAGUUUGAUGACGAUGCGUUGUGGGGAGUUCUUGCUAAGACGGGCCUCUGUGUUACCCCCGGACCGGUUACUGACAGUGGCAAAGUGAGCGAAGGAGGAGGCUACACUGGCGAGUCUUCAAGCCGAGUGAUCGUGACGAAUUUGGACGUGAGACUGGUGGAGAAUGGAGAAAACUGGAGCAUGGGAGAGCGACAGAUGCUGGUGCUGGCGCGAUCACUUUUGAAACCUGCUCGGGUUCUCAUUUUAGAUGAAGCUUUCUCGUCGGUGGACCAAGAGUGUGACAAGAAGCUUCUUACAGUCGUUGGGAAGGAGUUCGCGAACUCGACGAUCUUCCUCAUCACACAUCGACUCGACCAGGUUUUGGGUUUCGACAGGAUUCUAGUGAUGCAAGAUGGGACUGUUGCUGAGUGUGGCGCCGCAGAGUACCUCGUCACUGACCCUGAUAGCGCGUUUUACGAGUUUUUGGAGACCACGUUGCUCACGUUUUAG